UUUUGUCUGGGUAUACGGGCAUCAGUAUUUUUAAAGCUCCUUAGUUGAUUACAAUGUGCAGCCGAGUCUCCAACAGUGGGGGCUGGAGAACCACUGUUCUAGGCUGAGUAACAGCUUUGAAAAGACUACUGUUGUCUCUGACUGGAUGUGUUGUUUCUGACCGACUUGUCCGUUGCUUCCUCUUUUCCCCCAUGUUAUAGUGCUUCCAGAUUGAACUCUGAGAGCACACCAAACUUGCUCUUUAGGCACUGGAGUCUAGAGUUGUAGGUACUUGAGGAUUAAAGAAAAUGAUAGCUCUGUAUGUACCAUGCUCUUAUUUAUUCAUUAAAACUGCACUGUGAUAACAAGAUAACAAACAUUGUCUUGCAAUGUUUUUCUUUAUCCCCAGUCAGUACUUGGUGUCUCUACAAUUGAAAUGUUUUUCUGAUCUACUGGGACUUUAAAUCAGGGAGAAACCAAAGUGCCAAGAUGUCUAGAAACACUGAAAUAUUUAAGUAUUUUUACAGGGACAUCAUGAACUGUAAAAGGAAGAGAGGAGAAGCCUCCCAAACAAACAUAUGUGAGCAGGAAAAACGUCACAUGGCAAACUGAUCUAUUACACCUCUCUUCUGGUAAGGUUCACCCAAGACUCUGUCAUAUGGCAUGAGUGGCUACAGUGCUGUCUUGGCAGAUUACUGGAACCAGGGGUGGCUUGUGAAACGGUUCACCCGGAAGGUCUUUCAAAUUCUCUUUUCCUUUUUCUCUGUCUUCUCUUUCUAUUGCUUUAGCUCUCACUCUCCCUAUCUCUAUGUCUCUCUGCCUCUCUCCCUUUUUCAAUUUUAAGCUGUGUUCAGAAUAUCCAUUAUGGACAUAGAUCUGAUAAUGUGAUGGGCUCCUUGAAAUCAAUAACAUUUCCAAAGAGUCCACUCAUCAUACUCGUAGGUGCCUUCUUUUGACUUACCUGGGGAGCCCAAGGUUAAUGAGAAGGCAGUUUGGGUACUGGGAAAACACCUUCCUUCUUUGUCCCAAUCUUUUACCUAUUAUAUAUAUUUUGUUCUGUUCAAAUUAUGCAUAUAUCUUUAAUUGGGCAAAUGGUUACAGUAAGAAGAGAAAAAUUUUUGCAGCAAGUACUUUAAGUCAGUCUUUUAAAAAAUAAGAUGCAAAGAGUUUGGGAAAGGUAAUUUAAAAGAAAAUUUAACUAUAUACCAUUAUAUAGUUAACAAAACAAACCUUUCCAGAAAUGUAUCAAUACUAUAAUUUGCAAUAGUUCUUUUCUCUUGUGUGUUUAGAAUAUGCUAUCUGCAUGUCAGUUAGUUCUUCCAGUCAAAUAAUAAAUAAUGUCUAUUAUCAAUUUCUCAUUGAAUGGCAAUGGGAAAACUCAUGAUGAAUAAGCUCAAGAUUCUUUUUACAUGAAAUUAUAAUGUUUUGGGAUUAAAGCCAAAUAGCCACAGACUGGGUGUCCUAUUCAUAAAACGAAACAGUAGCUUUUGGAGCUUCAAGGGCUACUUAUCUUUAUUCUAUUCUCUCUUUCCUUACUUCUUAAUUACACACACACACACACACACACACACACACACACACACUUUAUUUUAUAAGCAAUAUAACUACAUUAUGGAAAUGUUGUUAAUGAGAGAAACAUAUCCUUCAUACAAUAAUUUCAUUACCGUGAUAAGGACACUUACUUUUUGGGGGGUAUCCCUAAUAGAUUUUUUUCUAAACUAGUUACUUCAUUUAAAAAAUAGUGUAUAAACAAAUUUACGCUAUUUUUUCCCAUAUUAUACUAUUAUAAGCAUUUUUACAUGUUGUAGCAUAAAAUUCACAACCAACCAAUAGUUUAAAGGACUAUCCAUUCUAUUUAGUGGAGGUAGAUGUAUCCAGUUUCCUUAAACAUGCCCCAGUUUUCUAAUUUUUCACUAUCCUAAGUGGUGUUAUGGUUGUCUUUGUGAGUAAAAUGUCUCCCCCACCCCCAAACUUUUAACAGCAUUUCUCCAGAAUGGAUUCACAGGGUGUGACUGUUUCAAUUCACAAAGCACUGCCACACAGAGCUGUUGGAGCACCAGUAGGCACCAUGGAGUCUUUAAUAAAUGACCCAUAUUGAUCUCUUGUUUUGUCUUGGUUUGUUUGCUCUUAGAGCUUUGAUUUACAGCUCCAAGGAGCGAUUUUGGAAAAUCAUUUAACCAUCAGCUGAGACAAUCUGACUAUUGCACUUAUAAGGUGAAAGUGGAAAAGACCUGAGUCAGAGGGAUUUCAGGCGUCCAAGCCCCGGAUAGCCCAGCCACUGCUACUCUUUCCAGGAGAAUAUCCUAGAUUCUGGGCACAGUGUCUGCAGGGAGGGAACAUGGAGAAGCUGUCACUGUGUUUCCUGGUCAUCAUUAGCCUCCCUAGUGCUUUUUCCCAGACAGAUAUGCACACAAAGGUCUUUGUGUUCCCCAAAGAGUCGAAUAAUUCCGUUGUGACGCUGACUGCACAGCGAACGAAGCCACUUAAGGCCUUGACCGUGUGCCUGCAUGUCUAUACCGAUCUGACCCACAACGAUAGCCUCUUCUCUUAUGCCACAAAGCAACAACAUAAUGAGAUCCUCCUCUUCAAGGGAAAGACUGCUGCAUACAGAGUAUCCGUGGGUGGAGCUGAUGUCUUUUUCAAGCCUCCUGAGAGUUAUCCUGCACCAAUGCACUUCUGUGUGACCUGGGAGUCUACCUCAGGGAUUACAGAGCUCUGGGUGGAUGGGAAGCCCAUGGUGAGGAGGAGUAUGAAGAGGGGAUACUCUUUGGAGACAGAGGCAAGCUUCGUCCUGGGGCAGGAGCAGGACACAUUUGCUGGGGGCUUUGAUAAAAAACAGUCUUUGGUGGGAGACACUGGAGAUGUGAACAUGUGGGACUAUGUGUUAUCACCAGAAGAGAUUAGCACUGUCUAUGCUGGUGGGACCUUCAGUCCUAAUGUCCUGGACUGGCGGGUGCUGAAGGAUAAAACACAUGGUGAGGGACUUCCCUGGUGGCACAGUGGUUAAGUAUCCACCUGCCAGUGCAGGGGACAUGGGUUCGAGCCCUGGUCCGGGAAGAUCCCACAUGCUGCGGA